AAAACAUCAUCAAUCGUCAGCAUGUCUCGUCGCAGCCGCGGCUGUUUGCGAUGUCGACAGCGUCGUGUAAAGUGUGACCAGGGCAAACCGGCUUGUAUGCGCUGCAUCACCCGCAACGAGCUGUGUGUCGGAUAUCGGGAUGAAUCCGACCUGAUAUUCCAACAUGAGACCACCAAAGUUCUAGCAAGAAAUUCUGUAUUGACUCAAGAGGCACUGCUACAGAGUGCAGCCUCGCCAGAACAAGUUUCUGUAACUACCGCAUCACGAUCUCGGAGUCAGUCUCUUUCUCGCCUAGAUGCAGUCAGCACACCAGCCACGUCACCAGAGACCAACGACUCGACAUUUUCCUGGAACAGAGAUUUUGUGAAUGAAAAUACAGAUUCAGCAGAUACCGAUGACGCUGUUUCGCUAUUUUUUGACAAAUACGUUGUUCCAUGCAACGAGCUUUCGAGCCCAGGCUUUCUCGAGCACCUCCCAUGUCUCUUUAAAGAAUCAAAUGUGCAAGGAAGAUCAGCUCUCAGAUGGGCUGUCCAGGCAUGUGCCUACGCUGACAUAUACAGCAGAGAUACAUCUCAGGUGGCAGCUAAAGUGGCCCUGGAACUAUACAGUCGAGCCCUGUCCGAGUUGGGCAAGUCGUUAAGCAUCAAGGGCAAAAUACCAGACGACCACGAUUUGAUGACUGUUGUUAUACUCGAUCUAUUUGAAACACUGUUUAUGCUAGAUAUGCCUUCCCAAGGGUCCCAUGUACAAGGGAUGGCUAACAUCCUGCGACUGAGAGGCCAUGAACAGUUUCACGACCCAAGAGGAUGGAGUUUGUUUCGACUGGCCCAUCAUCGUAUACAAAAGCAACAGCUUGCAAAAGGCAUGCGCCCAAUCCAAGAAUCAACGACUUGGUUGGAAACAUAUACAGGCACGGAUUCGUUCAGCCUCGCUGAAAAGAACGCGCUCAAAAUCUCCAAUAUAUGCCGCGAAGCAAAUGACUUGCUUGAGCAAAUUCGAGAUAUGAGUCUUCAAGUGCAGUCACUGGUACCGCUUAUUCAAAGGAUGAACGCUCUGGAUCACGAGGCUACUACUUGGAGAGAAGAAUCUGAAUGGUCUUUCCAGACUAUAGAUCGACAAAGCGUCCUCGGAGAUACAGGGCUCGCUGCACUGCUCCCACAAAGGUUGGAGAUACAUCAAGAUCUGUGGAUGGCGUAUGAAUGGAACUACCACCGAGCAGCCCGCAUUACUCUACACCACCAGCUUAUACACUGUAUCGAUCAGGCGACAGCCUCUAUUGCAGAAGGUACGGCGAUAUUGGAGCUUAAGCGGCAGCGUGUUGCUUCAGUUGCGAUUAUUCAGACUCUAUCAGAACAGGUUCUGUCUACAGUUCCACAGUCAUUUGGAGACGUGGAUUCGUCUGGUCGUAUGUCCAUGGUGAAGUCGGUAUCUGAGGCAAUUGGUGGCUAUUUUCUGCUCUGGCCUAUUAAGAUUAUAAAGGGUGCAAACAGCGCCGCGACGUCAGCACAAAAAGACGCUUCAAACGCAGUAUUUGAGAGGAUAAGAGAGUGCACAGGAAUGAAAGAAAACCUGGGUUCAUUGUCUAUAAUCUAACUAUCGAGUACAUUAAGGGAGAUCUUAUUUGGGGACACCUUUGAAGACCGUCUCUUCCAACACGGUUCCAUCGAUGAUAACAAUCUUUUCUGCGCUCAUCAUGACGAAAACCAUACGGCAAGGCUUUUCCGUGUUGUUGAUCCAUGAAUGGUUUGUACCUUGCUGCACAAGAAAUUCUCCCGCUCGUAGUGUCCUCUCCUCGCCACUGUCAAGUCUGAGAACGAUCUCGCCAGAUAGUACACAUGCAUAGUCUAUACUCUCAGUACGAUGGCAAGGGGCGUUGGUACCUGGCGCGAUGUCGCUAAUAGCGAACAUGGCGCCGUUGGGAGGGCAGCGGGGAAGUUGCUCAGCAAAAGAAGGGAUUACAUCCAUGUUGUUGACUGGUACAGAAGCGCGGGCAUCGAAGAUGGUGAACCCGCUGGCCUGAGGACCAAAAGGACGGAAGGGGGUCAAGGUCUGAUCGGGGACGAAUACAGACUUCCCAUCUUUAUCAUGAGUUGUUCUCACGAGAAGAGGGUUGGGGAGGGCAUUGGGUGUUGGGUGAUCCAUGGCGGUGAUGUGAUAGAGGAGUUUUGGGAGUAGAGUGAUGGUUGUAGAAUGUGUGUGAAUAAAUGUGAUGAUGGAUAUAGAAUGGAUGAUUAUAAAAUGAAGAG